AAAAGAGAAAAUAUCAGUAUUUCUCUACAUAAAAACAGAAAAAAGUUAUUUUGUUGGCUCGGGUCGCUUUUAAAAGGUAGGAAAACAUCAUUUGUGUCUGUCAAAAACAUAGAUAUUACUUUCAAAUGAUCUUAACUUGAAUGUGAAACACACGCACAUACCUUUUACCAACGAAAAACGUACGGUAACCGUACCCAAUAAAGUAGGCUACUUUUUUCUCUACGCCAGUCCAAUUAGCUUAAAUAAGCUCGUUGUUUAUCCCGAUAAUAAGACAUCAAAGGACAAAUUCUCUGUAUGCAAUUUUUAUGUACAGGUUUAAUUGACAGCUAAAACGUUUACAAUAUGAUGGAUGUUGUUACUGGUGACCAAGUGGUCGAGGAAGAAUUAAGCGAUCAAGAAGAGGUAAGCUUCAAUAAUACAAUUUUGAUAUUUUAUAAAAGCUUUGUUUCUGUGGUUUCAUACCUUUGAUAGAGUCAGAUCAUAGGCCUUAAACUGAGGUUAUAUUUAAGUGAGUAACAAGUUGUGUAAACCUGAAAAGUUCAAGUAUUGUACUCUGAAAAUUAGAAAAAAGAGUUAAUAAGUCGCCGAGUGGUUAGAGAACAUGUAGUCAUGAUCACUUAGCUCACCUCGCCCUGACCGCUAGCUGGAUUUGUUCUCGGUAGUCCCGAGUUAAAAUCCUCCCCCACGCCUGUAAAUAGCCAACUGGUUCACCUCCUACGAGUUGGGAUUCUUAACCACCGUAUGUUCAAUUUGAAUUAUUUGUUUGAUUAUCUCUGAAAAGCCCCAUAAGGGAAGAGCAUUCAAAAUCAUAGUCAAACGAUAAAGACGUCAAAUAUAAGAACAAAAGAAAAUCCUAAAUGGUCGCUCUCUGCUCUAAUACCCAGUUCUCAGUGAAAAAAAAAACUGUUUUGUAACUACUGGAAUACAUUUUGUUAAUCCCUGAGACUUCGUCUAACAGAUGGAAAUGGUUCUAUAUAUUGUUAUUUCUGAAUUAACUAAUUAGCUAAGUAAAUUGAUAAAACAAAAAUUUUUGAUUCUGUUGAAUUGCCUCAAACAAAACUAUCUGAUCUUUUUAAAUGCAGGAAUCGUUUUAUCAAGACAUUGACCUUUUACAGAACCACGGAAUUGUAAGUAUAAAUUGAAAUUUAGAACACUGGUUUGAAUUCACUUCCUGGCAAAUCGAAUCAAAUCAAAUCAUGUGUUUAUUAUGUAUUAAAAGGAUACAUAAAACUCUCUUUUUAAUAUUGCAUUAAGGGACAGGACAUUAGUUGACGGGGAAACCGAAACAGCCUCCAUAUUGGAGACCAUUUAAUAAGUUUCGUGAGCGGCCCUAUUUUAGAAAAUGGAAAAAAGACUGAGUGGAGACUAUAAAUUAGAUCUGAAAACAGGCUGCUAAUAGCCAAUUGAGGCUGGAGGUGUUUGUUGUACUUAUGAUUAUAGUAAAUAAAUGGUGUUUACAACCUUCUACAUCCCCCAAACAAAGUAGCCCUCCCCUCCCCUGCGGGAGAGGAAAUUAGUCAAAGGGAUUCCUGCUAUUGAUGUACUGAAAUAAGCUAACGAUAACUAUUUUGUUUGGAAAUGAAAAGAAUGUUGCAGAUAUAAAAAAGUUGAAGAGCGCCGGGAUAUGCACUAUCAAGGUAGGCUUGUAUGUUUAGCUACGGGCAAAUGCCUGGUUAAAUUGUUAAAAAUUGUAAAAAAAGACUUUGAAAUCACGAUACGGAAGGUAUAGUGUGUACGCAUGAUCAUUAGUAGGGAAAAAGGUCGGUGCUUUUUCUUACGUUUCAUGGGUAGGUAUGCUUUCCUCAGCCAAGUUAUUUUGCCUGUAACUAGACGUAAAUAAAAAGUAAAUAUAAAAUAAAAAUAAAAAGUCCUAAUUCAGGUCAACAGUCUCUCUAUCCGCAGAAAAAAAGAGUAAAAGAGUACUUCAUCGCCUAUGUCUUUUGACGUUCUUUUAAGCCUGAAACUUAUAAGGUUUGAACUUGUACAGGGAGUGCAGAUGACGACAAGGAGAAAAAUGUGCCAAAUAAAGGGAAUAUCCGAAGCUAAAAUGGAGAAAAUCAAGGUGAGGUUUAUUUCUAUGACAAGUGAACUUUCCAAAACCUAUAUUAAUAUACUAGAGUUUCUUACUAUGAAGUUUCUAUCGAACUGAUUGAAUUAGUACUAUCUCUUUCGUAUUCUUCAACAACAACAACAACAACAACAACAAGUAAUAAUUAGGAAACUUCCUUUUUUCUUUUAGGAAGCUGCUGCCAAGCUUGCUGUAAGUGAUAUGUACUGUUUGAUUUGCUUAGUGUUUGUCCUUAUGUCAAAACAAACUGCAAGUUUUUCCUUUCCGAUUUAUGACCCAAAAAAUUCAGGGCCCCUUUGUUCAUAUUGUUGGAUAUCCACGGCAGAUAAAUCACUUUCCAGCGGAUGGCGUUAUCCAACUUUUAAACAACUGGGGCCAGGCCUAUCAAACAUAGUCAUUAAAUCCUGAUUAAGCAAUUUUUGUAUGCAAAAUUUAAAUUCAUCACAAAAGGAAAAAAUAAUUAGUAGCAGGUCACAACCACGGUACCAUAAAAAAGAACCUACACUGUCCUAGACUGAUAGAACCGAAACCGAAUCCAUAACCUGCCUAAAAUCGGUGGGACGCAAAAAUAACUUACUAAGUACUAGAGACUUUGAUAAGCAAGGACAGGAGGCUUUCUUUCUUUGUGUAAUCUAACUUGUAUUACAUUAUAACGUUUAUAGAAUGCCGGCUUCGUUACAGCUCUGAUAUACAGUGACAUGAGGAAAAUGGUUUUCAGGAUUUCCACUGGAAGUAGUGAGCUAGAGUAAGAGUUUUUUUUCACCCUGCUAACAGCUACUAAAAAUGAAGGUGGGGUGGGGGGGAUACGGUGGUCUUGGGUGAUUAAAGGGUAUAAAGACUUUAAGGAUUGUUCUCCUUGGACAAAAACUUCUCUAGUCUCCCUCGCAGCCGUUUUGUCUCGUCACACAACGCUCCUCCCCAAUUUGAGCGUUACAUGACGAGACAAAAACGGCUGCGAAGGAGACCAAAACUUCUCUUGAUAUUAUCGUCCAUAUCGCCCCUAAACACUUAAGUGUACAAAUGGGUGACACUCUCACUGUGAAGGAGGGGGGUCUUUAAUGGGAAACGGUUAUCCCCUACAAUGCGAGUUUUAUCACCUCUCGAAGUGCGCCUCUCGUGUUGACUAAAUUACCUAUCUUUAUUGUCUUUACAGCAAACUUCUGGGAGGUAAGCGGCCAUUUAAUUCGCUUUUAUUUGACUUUUCUUUCAUUGUUUUGACGAAAACAUAAAAUAUUGAAGUAAUCAAUAUGAUGCUCUUUAACAGGAGGAAUAGAGAGCAUGUCAAUAACUGAAGUUUUUGGAGGUAUGUCAACUUACAGACAUUACAGUAUCACCACAACUUUACUAUAACAUUUGGCACUCUCUAGCUUCUCAAAAUGUAUUGGAAUAUUUUGGAAACUGGAAACUGAUGUUUAUUUUCUUUUUCUGCUUCUGAAGAAUUUAGAACUGGCAAAACGCAGCUGUCACACACAUUGUGCGGUGAGUUAAAUGAAAUUGUCUCUAUAUAAAAUAUCUCAUUUUCUUAUUUACUAAUCCAGAAGCUGACAGAUUGCUGAUCGGCUCCAGACUAAGUAUACACGAAUUCCUCCCUCCUCCCUUAGAGAGUUUUCUUUCUGUGGCCAAACAAUAUGAGGUGUGCAUAUGAUAUUGACUUCCAUUUGUAUCUUUUUGUUUAAUGUACCUCUUUUUCAUACAAUUCAACAGUUACAGCGCAGCUGCCUGGAGCUAAUGGAUAUACAGGUGGAAAAGUGAUCUUUAUUGAUACAGAGGUACUUUCUACUAAAAUCACGACUUUAAUCAUACUUCAAACUACCAGGUCUUUCAACGCUGUUUGCUGUCGAAUUUCCUAGCAACAGCAACUAACAUGCUCAUUUUCAAACUUUUUUUUUCAGAAUACUUUGUAUCCUUUGAAAAAUUAAAACACUGUUUCGAUGAUACAUAGCAAGCUAUGUUACAUUUGAUAAUCCACUCCAAUAUUUAAAAAAGAAUGUAUCAGUCAGUUAAAGAGAAGGAAAAAGGUGCGCAGAAAUGAACUUUCCACUUGAUCUCUCACGAAAUUAUCUACGACUUCAAAGGAGACUCGAGGAAUGAUGCUUUGAUUAUAAUUGAAAAAGAACCAUUACAGUUCAUUUGCUCAGUUUAGAAAUGUCAAAUAUCUCAUUCAACCUGUUUAUUCAAAAAUUUCUAGUCUCGCAAUAGAUUCGCUAACAUCAUCAAAAUAUCGAUAUCCGUACUCUUCGUACAAACGAAGAUUAAAUACAGGUUAUUUCUUCUGAUAAAAUAUCAUUUUUCUUAGAUAAGAAUUUCCUAUUAUUUACUGAAGUUAAUAGCAUUUAGGUCAGCAGUUCGAGUUUGUAACACGUCUACAGAUUCCUUAACUCGUAGCAGCCGUCCCGAUCGCCUUCGUGAGAUCGCAGACAGAUUUAACUUGGACCAAAACGCGAUGCUGGAUAACGUGCUCUACUGCAGGGCCUACACAAGUAUGUUUAAACACGUACUACGAGCUAAUUAUGUUUAAAUUUAUAUUUCUGAUUAUCAGUGGAGGUAAUGUACCUUUUAAUUACUGCUUAUCCAUUUCACCAUUCUAAGAUGCACUUAUACCUUUGGCAGGUGAGCAUCAGUAUGAGUUGAUGGAUUGUGUGGCUGCCAAGUUUCAUGAGGAACCUGGAGUAUUCAAACUUAUGGUUUGUAUGCAGCCAUCAACUGAAUACAGUUUUUAACUGCGCCCUGAAUAUGUAGCCAAUUGGAAGGACUGAAUUCUUUCUAUAUUUUUGACAUCAAAGCAAGUAGUCUCAUUUAGAGAUGUUAUGUAAUGUACUGAUCGUUGGCCAGAAACAAAAGCGAACAGCGUUGUCGGGGGCGUCGGAAAGACGAGGGGGUCCGUUGUAGAGGUGACAGAAAUCAUUGUACUGCUAACAUCUACAUCUUUUGUGUAAUCGAUAGAUUAUUGACUCGAUAAUGGCACUCUUCAGAGUGGAUUUUUGCGGAAGAGGAGAACUAGCUGACAGACAGCAAAAACUUGCGCAGAUGUUAUCACGACUGCAGAAACUAUCGGAGGGUGAGAUAGUUGAAAAACCUUGCUUCUGCUCAUUUUGUAUCAUCUCCUCCUACCCGCACCGAAAGUUGCUGUUCAAUGCUGUACAGCCUUAUGUAACAAUCAUAAAAGAGCUACUUUCUUGAGAUAAAGUCGCCGUGGAAGCAUCUUACACAGCAAAAUUCAUUUCUUGAAUACAUGCAGUUCUCCUGCCGGAGUGAUUGCUUAAAUUUCUUUUUGUUUUCUUUUUUAUGUAUACAGAAUUCAACGUUGCUGUUUUUAUAACCAACCAGGUAUGUUCACAUGAACUCACGCAUUCAUUAUUUAAAAAUACCUUAAAUUGCCUGUUAUUAAGAAAAGCUGAUGACUUUUAUGGCCGUGACGUUAGACACUUGUAAGGUUUAGCAUUAGCAUGUCAUGGCCGGGGGAUGAGUGGGACCAGGGCCCAGUGAAACUAACCCAAGACCUUCCCACCCACUUGCUAACUGAUGUACUAGGAAAAUAAGUUAUAUUUUACAGUAAACGUCUGAUACCAUAAGAUUUUCAUUAUCCAAAGAUGUUUUAUCCAUUUUAACAAAAAUUGUUCUUUGCAGAUGACAGCAGAUCCAGGAGGUGUGUAUUGCGUUCUUUAUAAUCAUGAAUAAUGACGGAACUCUAUUCUCUCGUACUCCUAAUACUCUAAUUGUCUUGUAUAUUAUUCUAAUAUUAAUAUGUACCUCUCUUUGUUAUUAUUGUCUCUUAACUGAAUGAUGUGGAUGGUUCAACAAACAGCCACAAUAAGGUAAGGUUAGAAUUAAACACUGAUUGUAAUUACAGUGCAGUGAAGCAAAUGGACAAAGCCAAGUGUCCGCAUUAAAGAGGCAGGAAUUUGGAAUCUUCAUGACCAAGAUAACUGUCUGUAAGAAAGAGGUGUGUUGGACGGAGGUGUCCUUAACAAGUGGUUGCCGUUUGGGAGUUGACAAAAUACGGAACAAACUUUCUCUGUUUACCCUACAAUACGAUUUAAACAAAGGGGCAAGAAUUGCCAAUAGAUCUGCAUGAACAUGGCGUUCUGAUUAUUACAAAAGGAAAAGUUUGACUAAGCUCUUUCACUUCCAUUAUCUGGUAGUCGAGUUAGUAUCAAGUACAAGAUAUAGUUGUACUCAAAACAAACCUCUUUUUCCUGGUUAGCUUUCAAGCUGACCCCAAGAAACCCAUUGGUGGACACAUUCUGGCUCAUGCAUCUACAACUCGUAUUAGUUUGAGAAAAGGUAGAGGCGAGACAAGGAUUGCCAAGAUAUAUGACAGGUGUGUUAAUUUGCCACUAUAAAAUUGUUCCAAAAAAAUUCCUUGUUUUUUAGUCUAUUUAUGAUUUUAAAUAACGCACUGCUGAGAACUAAUCAUGGUGACAAAACUUUUAACCCUUUUUGCAGUCCUGAUCUCCCAGAAAAUGAAGCCACAUUUGCAGUAACAACAGGAGGAAUUGCAGAUGCUAAGGAGUAA